CCGGCCUCUUUUGCUUUUGUACUUCCUACAAAAAUUGCAAUGACUAUUGUCAUGCCAUGUCUCGUCUUUUGAUUUUAUGUAUUUUAUGCAGCACUGAUUUCUAAUUGUGUAUUUUUUGCGCCAGACACUCUCAACACCUUUUUGGUUGCAAUAUUUUAUUAUUCAGAUUGUAGAGCCGCCAUAAUCGUUUUAUCAAUGUCGACGGGGGACAACCAAAGGCAUAAUGCCCUGCCCUCUCCUAAUGCAGUCCCAGCAUUUGCGCCCAUCAAGCCACGAGGAGAUCCCGAUGAGCACCGUCAGGCAAUGACCGAGGAGAUUGCCAUUCAGCAAAACGAGCUGAUAUCCCAGCGAAGAAAAAGAAACACCCAGGCAGCAGCACGCAUGCGUGAACGUCAGAAGCAGCGCGAGCAAAAUCUCAUUGAGCACCACAAUAAGCUCAUCAGUGAGAUGAAGCGUUUGGAGACAGAGUUAUCGUCUAUAAAAGCUCAGCGACAGCAGCCAGAAGUUGAUGAGGACCACGACAGUAUGCUGCAAAGGCUGUCGGAUGAGUUGGAGAUAGCAAACUCAGCCAUGGUUCAGAUCAAGGAUGAGGUCGAGAAGCUCGUAGACAUUGCAAAAUCAAUUGAUAUCUGACUGCACCAUUUGGGCGUGGACAAAGCUAGACCUUAUUAUAAUGCGGUUCAUAUUUUUUUACAUAUGAAGCUUAUACAAAACCUACUAUCCUACACCACAUGCUAAACCCGCCGUAAUAUUCAAAUCAAUAGCGACAAGAUCAACCCCGAAAAUGCCUUUAUUUGGUGGGAAGUCCGUG